CAGUAUGAAUCAGGAGGCCUCCUCCUUGUGUUUUCUCCUGGUAUCCUACUUCCCCACUUACCUCCGGGCUUAGGCCUCCGUCCCCCGGCAGACCUAUUUAAAGCCCUCCUCACUAGGUUAGCAAGCCUGCCUGCGUAGAUGCUCUUCCCUGUCUUAGUUAGAUGGAUCCCAUGUCUUCCUAGCAAUCCUUUUUCCUGGAACAACAUCCCAUGGUUGAAGAAUUCAAAGCCCUCUCUCCGACACCACCUGUGUAACCACGCAUUUACCUCCACAAUUCAAUGGGCCUUUUCUUUCAACAUGGGAGAUGGACAAGAACAUGACUUGUGCUUCAAACUCCUUUACUCUUCUUCCCAGAGCCCGUAGUCGGUAGUGACCUGCUCACAAUCGUUCUUGGCAGCAUCAUUGGUGCCCAUGUGGAGAAGUAGGAAGGGGUAGCGGUCCAAGGGCUUGAUCAGUCUCUGUAGACACAGUCACAUCCUAAAUUCUAGUUCCAGGCAAGCAGCACGCUUUGGAGUUCAAAAAAAGAACAGGAGUAUUUGUGGCACCUUAGAGACUAACAAAUUUAUUAGAGCAUAAGCUUUCGUGGACUACAGCCCACUGAGUUCAAGCUUCCCCAGCCAGGCAGAAGUGGAGGAGCAGCCCAGGGUUGUUCCCUGGCAACUGAACACUGCAUUCCAGAGCUGCUUCCGGUGUCAUGCACAUCAGCCCCUCAAGUUGUUGGGGGUGGAAGCUGAAUCUUUAAAUUGACACACCCCCUCUCACUCGCAGCAGGCACCAGUCGUCUCUGGCAGAAGCCCCAAGCCCCACCACCCUGCAGCAGGGCAGAAGCCCUGAGCUUCCUUCCCUCUCCCCCGUCUGGUAGGCAUAGGAUGGGGCGGGUGGGGGGAGAGAGGAUCCGCAAGCCACACUUUACUGUAAAAGAGCCAUAGUUUGGCCACCUUUGCUCUAUAGAUUUUCUUUAUAGGACCCAUUUCCGGUGUGGCUAAAACAGAAUUAGGUGCCCUUUUGCAGCUGAUAGGCCCUCAGACAUUUAACUGAAGCACCUUUAGAGAAGGGCUACAUUUGGUAGGAUUUCCUUAUGCUUGUCUAGUUCCACAGUAACCAGAAUCCUGUAGAUUCAGUCCACUGGUUGCAGCUUUCGUUUCCCCUAAAUGGUAAUAACGGUAACCGAUGAGAACGUGCCUGCUUUGUACCCAUUGACCCUUGGUUAAAUUUUUUAAAAACAGGGUUCCUGUAAACCUGUCUAACACAGUUUGGCCAGCCACUGUGCACUGACCCACACCUAGCUUUCUUCUUCUGUAGAUUGUAAUUUAAAAAAACCAAAACAAAUGCUAAAAUAACCCACUGUUCAGCACAGUCUGGACUGGCUGGACAAAUUUAGAAACAGAUUUAGCUGGCACUGUGUUCAGAGAAGAAACAAGGUUUCUGAUUCUGUUUUAGUCCCAGUUGUACACAGGACCAUAGGUAUACGUUUGGCUUGUCUUUUUAGGUUGUAAUUUAGAACUUGUUUUUUGGCUGUACAGUUUCUUUGCUGAGUAUUACAUGUGGGGAAGAAAUGUUUCUGCUGACACCACAGCUCGUUGGACUUGUAAACAGUACCUAAAAUUCUAAAUGGCUUCUAAGAAGUCGGGAUCCGACUUUCACGGGCCUUUCAGUUACCUUGAUGAUGUUCCAUUUAAGAUCGGAGAUAAAUUCAAAACACCAGCCAAGGUUGGCUUACCCAUGGGUUUCUGCUUGCCUGACUCUCCCCAGCUUGUCAGAGAAGUCCAGAGUUCCCUGGAAUAUGGAUUUUGGGUCAUGACCACAGAGCCAAUCAAAUCAAUAUAUGACUUCUCCCUCGAAAAGAGAACUAUCGAGUGGGCGGAAGACAUCAAAAAAAUCCAAGCCGCUCAGAGAGAAGCAGAGCGAAAGGCUGCGCAAGCAAUAGCUAAUUCCAGGGCUGCUUCAGACGACAACAGCAAAAUGGGCUUCUCAGAGGCUGUGCCGCUCCCCAUUAACCCUAUUCUCGCUAGUCUACAGCACAAUAACAUUCUUACUCCCACCCCAGCCAACAGCAGUGCCAUAAAGCAAAAGGUCCUUAGUCCACCUUACCCAAAGGCAGACUUCAACCCAGCAGAUUUUGAAUGUGAAGAAGACCCAUUUGACAAUCUGGAGCUAAAAACUAUUGAUGAAAAAGAAGAACUGAAAAAUAUUCUUGACAUUCAUGUUGGUACGACUGGGCCAAUUGUCACCCAACUGUUGGAGAAUAACUUGCCCAAAAUAGGGCCGGAGUCUGUGUUACAAGAUCAGGAAGUUCUGGCAUCCAUAGAAAGGGCUACCUUGGACUUCAAGCCCCUUCACAAACCCAAUGGCUUUAUCACUUUACCACAGUUGGAAAACUGUGAAAAGAUGUCCCUGUCUUCCAAAGUGUCCCUCUCACCCAUCACGUCAGUGAGCAAUAUCAAAUCUCUCUCCUUUCCCAAACUCGACGCGGAUGAGAGCGAUCAGAAAAUGUCAAAGCUCACCAGCACUUUCCACAGCGCUACCUGUCUCCACAACGGCACUUUCCUCAGCUCUUUACAGGCCUGCUCCCCGAGUAAGGCUAGCGAACUCAACGGACACCAUGUUGUUGGCCUUUCUGCUUUAAAUGUGGACAGUGGAAUGGAGACGUCAACAUUAUCCUCUUCAUCCAGGCUGCCUUCCCUAUCUGUGUCAACACCUUGUACAGAAGAACAAUCCUCUCCAAACACAGCAACGAAGGUACAGCCAGACUACAAGGAAUCAGAGUUCCCUAUGGUAACGCACCAAAACUUCACCGUGUCUAAAGUACCGAGUAAUACCAGCUGUACUAAAUGGUCAAGCGGCCCCACGUACUCAGACGUGCUGCAGGCCCUGUCUGCCAGUGAGAGGCAGUGUGUGGAAACAGUUGUCAACAUGGGAUACUCUUACGAAGACGUCAUGACAGCCAUGAAGAAGAAAGGACAGAAUAUAGAACAGGUUCUUGAUUAUCUGUUUGCGCACAGCCAGCUCUGUGAGAAGGGCUUCGAUCCUCUCCUUGUCGAAGCAGCUCUGGAAAUGUACCAGUGUUCAGAGGAGAAGACAACAGAACUUCUCCAGCUCAUGAGUAAAUUUAAAGAAAUGGGCUUUGAACUGAAAGACAUUAAGGAGGUCUUAUUAUUACAUAACAAUGACCAGGACAAUGCUUUGGAAGAUCUAAUGGCCCGUGCAGGAGCCAGCUGAAGACGCUGGGGUUCUUGGAGUAUAAUGGAGAGCGCCUGCAGGGGAGGGCAGCCUGCCCGUGUAACCAGACCUCUGCCAUCUUCACAGCCGAAGAGUGUGAUGCGCUCUCUCUUUGGGAAGAAGCCCUGCGUUUCGUGUACAUUGGAGACUGCGACUGACCGAGCCCAUCUGCCUGCGUCACUCCAGCGCGCUCUUCCCAUUGAGAGGAGUUAACUUCCUUUCUUAAAUUAAAUUUUGAAAGUGCCCUUUCCUAGGUUCCCUUUUCUGGUUUGGCCACAAAGAGUUUAGACUGCCCGACCUCUACUGGAAUUGUACAUAGACAAAGCUGGAAGUAUUUUUUUUCUCACUAUUGCACUGGACUCGGACAGAGGAAUGCAAAGUUGGUUUUGAAACAAGAAUGCUCUGGUUCUUUGAAGCUGCUUUCAUGGUGUCAGCUUCUACUGAAACACUGACUGGAUCACAGUUCAGAGUAACUGAAGUUGACGUUUAGUGCAAUGGAUUUUUAUUUUUAUUGGGUUGAAAAUUAGUCUGUAACUUAGUGGAACACUGGUUUCUAACCUGUCACUAUGCAUAAAGAGAGAUGCUUUCCCUCUUGUUUUUGGCCCUUCUGCCACACACUUCUGCCAGGCAUAGGUGUCCAGUGCUUGAGUGGUGUGUAAACAGAGUUUUUUUUCCACAACAGGUAAGCUCUGAACUCUAGCUGGACUCACAGCCAGUGGCUUGAACCGAAGAGGUCAGAGCUGGGCCUCUGCAAUCUCUCUCCUCCAGGUUUAUAGGUUAUUUAAACAAAUGCCCUCCUAGGAAAUCAGUUGAUGGUCUGUUUUAAAUGAUAUUCAGUGUGAAGCAGGGGGUUUCUUUCAAGCACUUUCUUUAAAUACAAACAAUAUACUCACUGCAUUAGUUCCAUUUUUUCCCCACACUGCUUUAGUUACAUAUUCAAUAACAUCUAGUAAUAAACAUCAGUUUUUUUCGUUUGGUUUUGAUAGUUCAAAAUGUAUUAUGUUGUACAUUGUUAAAGAUCUAAAUACAUAAAAUAUAAGCAGUUUCUUGAUGAAUCUUUAAUUUGCUAAAUAUUUUGAUUCUGUAGAAAACUACUAAUAAAACCCUAAAAUGG